AUGGCCCGCCAAGUCUGGUCACCGCUUGGAGCAAUUGGCAGAUUCAAGGAGCCUCGCACAGCUCAAGCUCAGCACAAGCACAAGCACAGCUUUGUCGCUCCCGAAUCGCUCUUGCAUGCAGGAAUUCGAGACACUCACCGCAGGCUCAAGCCGCCGUCUAAGACUAACGCCAGACUCAGAAUCAGUAUUGGUGCCAUCAUCUGGUCUUGCUUCAGAGGGGACAAGAUCUCAGUCGUUUCGCUUCUCUCGCCACCAAAGCAACCUGCCUCCUACCUUAUCCAAGACCUACCUAAAUACUCGUCAAACCCGGCUUCACCACGACGAAAUCCGCCCGACGACAGAGAUUACUCCCUAGCACUACGCCCAUCCAAUCCUACAAAGCAGCUGAGCUCCAGCAUCUCCCUACGACCUAAAGACGGUGGCGCCCCCACUACUGGCGAGCUUCAGCAAACGCGGCUGUGCGUCGUCGAGCAUCCUCUUCCUUACCCGGCCGAGGCUCGUCGCUGCUCAUUCGCCGCGAUUGUUGUUGGUACUCGCUCGCCGCUCUUCGCAAAACCGCCUCCCCCCGCAAUGCCCGCGCAUGUGCCGGCGCCGGCCAAGGCUGAGGCCCAAGCCCCCAGCCGCCACUCGCCGGUUGAGGUUCUGACGGACAACCUGGAGAAGCCCUCGCUAGACGACCGCGAGUACAGGGUCGUCCGCCUGGAGAACGAGCUCGAGGCGCUGCUGGUGCACGAUCCGGAGACGGACAAGGCCAGCGCCGCGCUCGACGUCAACGUCGGCAACUUCAGCGACGAGGAUGGAAUGCCGGGCAUGGCACACGCAGUCGAGCAUCUCUUGUUCAUGGGCACAAAAAAGUUCCCCAUCGAGAAUGAGUACGGCCAGUAUCUGUCUGCCAAUUCCGGCAGCUCCAAUGCUUAUACAGCCUCCACAUCGACCAAUUACUACUUCGACGUCGCAGCCAAGCCAGCCAAUGACGAAAACCCGUCGGCGACGAAUCCUUCGCCACUCCGCGAGGCUCUCGACCGCUUCGCGCAGUUCUUUAUUGAACCGCUUUUCUUAUCUAGCACCUUGGACAGAGAGCUGAAAGCCGUUGAUUCGGAGAACAAGAAGAACCUGCAGAAUGACACAUGGCGUCUCCACCAGCUCGACAAGUCGCUGUCAAAUCCGAAGCACCCUUACUGCCACUUCUCUACCGGCAACCUAGAAGUGCUCAAGACCAUCCCAGAAGCCAGUGGUAUCAAUGUCAGAGACAAAUUUAUCGAGUUCCACGCGAAGCACUACUCCGCCAACCGCAUGAAGCUUGUCAUUCUGGGUCGGGAACCUCUUGAUGUGCUCCAGGACUGGACUGUUGAGUUCUUCUCCGGUAUUGCUAACAAACGCUUGGCUCCAAACAGAUGGACGGAAGAACUUCCCUUCCGUGAAAAUGACAUUGGUGUCCAGUGGUUCGCAAAGCCGGUGAUGGACACUAGAGAGCUAAACCUUGGCUUCCCCUUCAUUGACGAGGAGGAUUUGUACAAGUCUCAGCCGAGCAGGUACUGCUCUCACCUCAUUGGACAUGAAGGUCCCGGUAGUAUCAUGUCGUAUAUCAAAAACAAGGGCUGGGCCAAUAGUUUGUCUGCCGGUGCUUACCCAAUCUGCCCUGGCACGCCCGGUGUCUUUGAAGUGCAGAUCCGAUUGACGGAAGAGGGCCUCAAAGUGUAUCCCCAAAUUAUCAACAUCUUUUUCCAGUACAUCGCCCUCUUGCGUGAAGCCUCGCCUCAGGAAUGGAUUUUCCAGGAGCAAAAGGGCAUGGCCGAUGUGGACUUUAAGUUUAGAGAGAAAACUCCUGCCAGCCGAUUCACAAGCAGAGUCAGUUCUGUGAUGCAGAAGCCUUUGCCACGAGAGUGGCUGUUGAGUGCCCAUAGCCGCCUGCGAGUCUUUGAUGCAGAACACAUUGAGCAGGCUUUGUCCAAGAUUCGACCAGAGAACCUCCGUCUUUCUGUUGUAUCACGUACUUUCCCUGGCAAUUGGAACUUGAAAGAAAAGUGGUACGGCACAGAAUACUCAUACGGGAAAAUCCCUGAAGAUGUGAUGGAGGAUUGGAAACGAGCCAUCAACACCCCUAGCCAGCAGCGACUGCCACAGUUGCAUCUGCCUCACAAGAACAGCUUCAUCCCUAACAAGCUUGAGGUAGAAAAGAAGGAAGUGCCAGAGCCUGCAUUGGCCCCCCGAAUUCUGCGAAAUGAUGCAGAGGCCCGAACUUGGUGGAAGAAAGACGAUACGUUCUGGGUGCCCAAGGCGAACGUCAUCGUGAGCCUGAAGAAUCCUCUCAUUUAUGCCUCUGCGCAGAACAGUGUCAAGGCUAGACUUUUUACAGAGCUAGUACGAGACGCUCUGGAAGAGUACUCUUAUGACGCAGAACUUGCAGGACUUGAGUAUACUGUCUCCCUGGAUUCUCGAGGCAUGUUUCUCGAUAUUUCGGGAUACAACGACAAGCUUCUGCUUCUCCUUAAGAAAGUUACCUCUACUUUACGAGAUAUUGAGAUCAGGGAGGACCGAUUCGCCAUCGUCAAGGAGCGCCUUACUCGCGGUUAUGAUAACUGGCAACUUCAGUCCUCAUAUCAGCAAGUAGGAGAUUACACAUCCUGGCUGAACGCAGAAUGUGACUACCUGGUGGAGGAACUUGCUGUGGAACUGCGAGAGGUCACCUCAGAUGAUAUUCGACAAUUUCAGAAGCAGAUGCUAGCUCAGCUGUAUACUGAAGUCUAUGUACAUGGAAACAUGAGCAAGAGCGACGCACUUGAUGCGACAGAGGUGGUUGAGUCCACGCUCAAGCCUCGCGUGCUGUUCAGGUCUCAAUGGCCCAUCAUCCGUUCACUCAUCUUGCCCCCAGGAUCAAAUUACGUUUACAAGAAGACGUUGAAGGACCCGGCAAACGUCAACCACUGCGUGGAAACCUGGCUUUAUGUAGGCGACAGAGGUAACCGAAAUAUUCGCGCGAAAACUCUCCUGAUGGAUCAGAUGAUGCAUGAGCCCGCCUUUGACCAGCUCAGGACGAAAGAGCAGCUUGGAUACAUUGUCUUCGCCAGUAUCCGAAACUUUGCUACCACAUGUGGCUUCCGCUUCUUGAUCCAAAGCGAGAGGACUCCUGACUACCUAGACAGACGCAUCGAGGCGUUUUUAGUUCAAUUUGGGGAAAGCCUGCAGAAAAUGACGGACACUGAGUUUGAGGGUCAUAAACGAAGCCUGAUCAACAAGAGACUCGAAAAGUUGCGAAACCUAGAUCAAGAGACUUCAAGACACUGGGCGCAAAUAUCUAACGAAUACUAUGAUUUCGAACAAGCCCAGCAUGAUGCCGCCAACGCCAAGCUGCUAACAAAGGCUGAAAUGUUGGAAUAUUUCGCUAAAUACUUUAGCCCUUCCUCCAGCAGCCGAGCCCGCCUUUCAGUUCACCUGUACGCUCGAGGAUCUAGCGAAGUUGACUCGAAGAUCGUGGACCUCCUGAAGAACCUGGGACUGGAAGAUGUUCCCAAGGAGAGCCGAGCAAGCCUUGACCUUUUGGAGGGACAUCUGAAGACUGGACAGUCGGUUUCGGAUGACCAGCGCACAACCCUCCUUUCCCAGGCCAAGGAGCUAGGACUGCCUCAAGCUUCCCCCAAGGUCGAGACAUCUAGCAAUGACACAUCAGCCAUUGAUGCGGCAGUUGAGAUUACCGAUGGUCGACAAUACAAGGCUGGCCUGCAGGUCAGCUCUGGUGCUCGCCCUGUCAAGGACCUCAAGGAGUUUGAAGAAAUCGAUCCCAAACUUUGA